CUCGGCUCCUCCUUCCCAUCGGCCUCGGCUGCGGGCCUUUCAAACAUGGAGGAGCGGGAGAGGGGGGCGAGGCCGGCCGGCGCCGGGAGCCCCGCGCGCCCGCCCAGCCCGCGGCUGGACGUCAGCUCUGACAGCUUCGACCCGCUGCUGGCCCUGUACGCGCCGCGCCUGCCGCCCAUCCCCUACCCCAACGCGCCCUGCUUCAACAACCUGGCCGAGUACGAGGGCUUCCUCAGGACCGGGGUCCGGGGCGGCGCGCGCGGACGAGCGCGGGGCGCGGGCGCGGCCUCCCGGGGUCCCACCGCCGCUGCCGGCCCCUCGGGCCGCUCGCGCCGCCGCCCGGACGCGCCCGCCUCGGACCCGGAGCGCAUCCAGCGCCUCCGCCGCCUCAUGGUGGUCAAGGAGGAAGCGGACGGGGCGGCCGGGGCGCGCCGCCCAGGCCCGGGUCGGAGCAGAAAGGCGCCGCGCAACGUGCUCACGCGGAUGCCCCUGCAUGAAGGCAGCCCUCUAGGUGAGCUCCACCGCUGUAUCCGAGAGGGGGUGAAAGUGAAUGUCCACAUCCGCACUUUCAAGGGGCUGCGUGGCGUCUGCACAGGCUUCCUUGUGGCCUUCGACAAGUUCUGGAACAUGGCACUAACUGAUGUGGAUGAGACCUACCGAAAGCCGGUUCUGGGUAAAGCAUAUGAGCGGGAUUCUUCACUGACACUCACACGGCUCUUUGAUCGAUUAAAGCUUCAAGACUCCUCUAAGAAGGAAGCAGAUUCUAAGUCUGCAGUUGAAGACUCCACGCUGUCCAGAUACUCGCAGACAUCCACUUGGAAGGUGGCUUCAGUGUGGGGAAGAGGAGACACCGACCGGGAGUCCCGCAAGCGCUCCCGCUCUGUCCCAUCUUCCCUGCAGGCCUCUGCGAGGGAGGAGUCUAGGUCAGAGCUGUCGGGGAGGACGACACGGACAGAAGGGUCGAGUGCGGGAGGCACUUUUUCCAGGGCUACCACCCUCUCCAGGGGCCAAUCCCGUAAGAAAAAGCGAAAGCCCAAAGUGGAUUACCAGCAGGUAUUCACUCGACACAUAAAUCAGAUUUUCAUUCGAGGCGAGAAUGUCCUGCUAGUUCAUCUUGCACAGUGACCAGCUCAGUCUCAUUUGAGCUCUGGUUUUUAGAAAUAAAGUGCAUGAAUUGCUGCUCUGCUGUACCCUAGUCUCCCAGUGAAACUGAGUUGGAAUGAUUCCCUCUGGUCCUGCAUGUACAGAGGACAGAGCCAGGCUCGGGCCCUCUGGAGAUGGGUUCCCUGAAUCAGGGGAGACAGGUCUUGGGAGGGUGGGUAGGUGUUUGCUUUAAUGUCAAGGCAAAAGCUCUACAGAGACCUGCAUCUGGUCUGGUGCCAUGAGUGCUCGAGGUACUCAGACCAGAUGUAAGCUGUUGCACUUCAAGUAGUGUCAUGGUAUGAAUUGAAUUCGCACCAUAGACACUCUAGCAUGGAGGUGUAAACCACCUCAAAAAAUAAUGGCCUCAUUUGUAAAAGCAGGGCCCUGAUUCACAUGGCUCUUAUUCUAGGAGUAGCAGCAUGAAUUGCUCUGGAGCCCUGCACCCCACCUCAUAACUGACUCUGAAUGGUGGUUGACACCAUUGUCUCUUGAUGGAGAAAUGCCAUUUACUGUCUUUGAAUCACUAUAAGAUCUUAGAAGGUGACCAGUUGCGUAAGGGUGAAAUUUGGAUAGGUGGUCUACUCCAGCAGCAACAAAUGCUGUUUUUACCCCCUCCCUGUUACGGACAGGAAUGUGGGGACCCUUACAUGAGGCGCUUCUACCAACAGCAUACCAGAUGGGACUCUAAGAUACCCAUGUGGUGGUUUCUUGUCCUUCUCUCUACCUUCUGUGGCAUGGUGCUAGUGCAUGUAGCUGUGAUUUACCCUCCAUACAUAGUGUGACCUAUCCCGUGAGCUCUAAGGCAGGAGACUGUGACCUUCAUGUCUGGCUUGAAAGAGUCCUGCAUGGACUAAGUAAUGCCCAUGCGCCUUGCUGCUAGGAGGCCUCAUUCUGACAGGUAGGCCUGGGCCAUGUCUUUCAGAGUGGUUUUGCUGUGACAUGGGGUGGUAGUUUCCCUCCCUGUGUCAGGCCUAAGAGGUUCCCACAAUACACGGUGGGGACCCAGCCUCACUGGACUAGCAGGAGCCCCACCACAUCCUCUAAUUCUUUACUUGAAUCACAUGAGAUGCUUUUUCAGUCCCAGUGCAGAAGAGGCUGUCUCUUGACACAGACUGUUAGGUAGUAUUGACUUUUCAUUUUAUUCAUUUAUGUUUGGUUUUAUUUGAAUUAACUUAUAUUGAAAGUGAGGAUAAGAAAUAGCUAACUAGAUUAAAUGUUUGCAAAGAGAAGUUUCCUGUGCUAUAUUUAUUGUGUAAGUGAGAUGAGCUUUUAAGAAGCAGGGUGGAUGAAGUUUAAAGAACUAGGGUGCCUGGUCCUUUUGCCAGCUGGGCCACUGGCUUGUCCUACAAUGAAAGGAGAGCCAACUUAAUCCUCUGUGCCUCAGUUUCCCCUCAGACACCUACCUCACAGGGCCACUGAGACAAAGAAUUUUAGGAAGGUAUUUUAAAGUCUCGAAACAUGUUUAAGUGCCAUGAGUGAUGUUUCCUAAUUAUUUCCUACUUGGUAAGAAUUCUGUGUCUUAUGUGCAAGGCUGGUGCUACCUAGGAGGAGAUCGCCACAGUGCUCACAGAGCUGAUUUUGUGAUCAGGAGGCAGUGAUAGCUUCAAGAACGAUUUCCAUAGCCCAUGGAAGUUCUCAGAAGACUCUCAGUAAGAGGAGAGUAACAUUCCCUUGCUGUUCCCCCUACGCCCACCUCCCCCCACCCUGUUUUGGUCAUCGUCAGAAAGAAUUCCCUCAACUUUUAAAGGGGCUUUCUGUGAUGAUGCCAAAGGGAGUGUGCACAUCGAAGAAUGACACAUCCCCCAAGGGGAAUGAGUUUAAUGUUCUGUUUUAUUUGUUUUUAUGUUAAAAUACAUUCUUUAGGAACAGCUCCGAUGUACUAAACAUUCAAGAGGUUCCAGGUUACAAACUUGAAUUUUGGAAUCUGCCAGUGUAAAUUCUCUUCCAAAUUCUGUGUCUGAAAUCUCAGUUCCCCAGUUAAUAGUUGUCUUUUUCGAAUAUCAGGCACCCCUGCUCUACUUCUUUGUCAGUGUUUGGCUAUCCUAUCUACUGCCCUCUUGCCCCUCAGCUAGAAGCUGAAAUGGGUACUAGAUUUUCCCAGUAAAGUAGAAAUUUGGAAUCAAAAGGAAUAUAAUCUGUUCUAAUGUCUGAUUAAAUCAUCUGAUUUGUUUUCAUAUAAUUUAUUUUCAUAUAACUUUCUAUUUCCAUAUAGAGAUUGAUUUAUGAAUUUUCUGCCCAUCUUAACAGUUCUGACUCUGAUUUGAAAAUUAUGUGACUUAUGUGCCCAGAUGACCCAAUUUAUUUGUUUGGUCAGUGAUUCUGGAAUGAGUACCAUAUAGCAAAUGUGCUGUUUUGUAUAAAGAUGAUAGUUAUUUUUUAGAGAAGUAAUUUUUUUUAAUUCAUUGCCUUUUAUUAUUGAAAUUUUUCAAGAAAAAAAAAUAAGACCUCAUCAUGUAUAUGCUGCUAAAAUGUCAUCAACACAGAACCUUCUUUCCAUAGAGAAGGAAAAAGAAAAGGAAAGUAACAGAAUGUUAGAGUCCUGCAGGCUCCAACCCUCACCUGAGGGCUGGGGACGGGCAAGCCUCAGUGCUCUCCAGGAAUUUGGGCCCUGGGAAACUUAGUAGGAACAGUUCUUUUUGAACACACACCCUUGGUUCUUCAAAGUAAUCUGUAGUCAGGCACGUGAGCACAAGACAGUUGAUAGAGGUAUCUGUGCACUUGCUGUGGCCUUCUCAGCAGUAUCCAGUUCUGUUAGGUGAUGUCAAGGCAUCAAGAAUGGAAAGUAAGGUUUCACACCCAGAACUUUCUUUGUCCCAUAGAUGUGAUUCUGCUCUACCAUUAGGAGAAUUUGCACUUUAGGUUGUUGGUUCUAGUAUUUGGGAAGCAUUUAUGCUUCCUUUCUGGGACACUGUUAUGACAGAGGUAGGCCAUUUGUGAGAUGUUAGCCAGAGUUAGCAGUGCCCAAAGUGAGUGACUCUGACCAGCCAGUGCCUUGCUCUCUGUGUAUGGAUAUGUCAAGUCAGAAGGCUUAGUAAGCUUUAGCACUGAAGUGUAGGUGCAUAGAAAGCCUUGCUGGGUACCCUUAGUGGGUCAGCAGGGACUUUAUCCUCAUGGGGAGAUAGUGCAGCAACUCCUUAGAGAUUAUCCAGUCAUGAGCUAUGAACUGCUCUUAACCCUCAGAAACCUUAGAGAAACCCAGGUAUACCAUUCUACCCCUUUUGAAAGAAUAAGCAGAAACCUAACUUGGUGAAGAAUGGAUGUUUGUAUUUCUAUUUGUACUAUUCCUGUAGCAGCUGACCUGGGCAAAAUCCCAGAAUAGAAUUGGUUCUGUAAAUUGUUCUUUAAAUUUUAUCUUUAGGAAAAAAUAAAAAAUUCAAAGACAGCUAGCUGUCGCUGGUGCUGCCCCAAAGCCUCCCAGUCUUUGAUGCGUUGAAAAUGAGUGAAAGCAGUUGCCGUGGGGCAGUGAAGGCUUGCGUAAGACUACCGUGGCAUAGAAAGAAUGGUUUUGCAACCAUUUUAAUUUUUCUUUUCCCAUGCCAGAUAGAUGGUAGUUGACCCCUUUUCACUAGCUUCUCUUCAUCAGCCUCUGUUUUUCUAAGCAAUAACUUCCAAAAGGCUUUCCUUAGUGAUCAUAAAGCAAGAAAUUCUUCUUUGGCUGACAUGCCAAGCACGGGUGGCUGCCAUCACUUCCCAACAAUAGAAUUGAUGGAUUUCAGGUGAGCCUUUGGGACAUCUAUCAGGGUCCUGGGCCUCCUGUACUUAAGGUAUUUUUCAUGUAUUUGUAAGUUCUCUGCACCCCUCUAAGACAGGCGUUUGGAUGGCUUGGAGAUCUGGGGGAAAAGGCAGCACACCUGAGACUUUCUGUUGAUCUUUUAUUUAUUUAGAAUAAAAAGUAGUUUAAUAAGGUUUAAAAACACCCUCUCUCUGAACAUGUAGGAGCUGUCCCUCAGGAAAGCUCUAAAAGCUCUUCCCAGUACGGUGCAAUUGCUUUGAUUUUGUAGUCCUUUGGAGCAAAUGUCUGAUGUUAUAUCUGAUACUUUCUAGAGCUGUGGAGAAAAAAUGUCUAAACAGUUUUAAGGGGAAUUAUUUAAUCUGUGAUUAUCUGGCUGUUUUUUUUGGUUUUUGUUUUUGUGAUUUAGCUUGCAGGGCAGCCGUCCAGUUCUUUUCCUGUUGUCCUAUAGUAAAGCAGAGAGUGAGCCAUGUCUUGAAAAGUACUUUCUGGUUUCAUACUGACAUCAACAUUUUGCUUGGCAGUUAUGGGGAAACCUCUCUGCACUGUGACUUGUUGCUGAGUUGUGGCCAAGGCUAAACUUGGGUGACUGUGUCUUUAUAGUUUCACUAUUCAUGUACCAGCUGCUAAGAGAAAAAACAUGACUUGUAAUCUUGUCUUGAAAUUACUCCUGAUUGUUAAGUCCGCCCAAAGCCUUCCCAUUCGGGGAGGAUCGCUGCUAGUGGUGUCUGUUUGCAGUGUUCUGCUUUGGAUAUGUGUCGUGGAGGAGUCUGGAAACUGUAAUAAAUAUGAUCGCAUUAAUGUAUUGACUGCUUUGUCUC